AAAAAAGGGUUAACGAAAUUGAUCCCACUUACGACGAGGUCGUUAAAAUCAUCAGUGAUAGAUUCAAUUGGAUAUCGUCAACGGUAUAGGAUAGCGAAGGAAGGAGAUUGAAGACAAACAACCAACCUCAAUUCAUCAUGUCAUUAUCAUCAUCAUCAUCCAGUUCAUAUUCUCUUUCGAAUAUUAAUCCUAAGUUAUUAAGAAGAAUUUAUCGUGCUUGUCGACCAAGUAAUAAUGAACCAAAUUUAGCUUUGAAUCUUGAGAUUUGUGAUUAUGUCAAUGCUAAACAAGGGUCUACUACUAGAGAUGCGGCCAUUGCUGUGGUUAAAUUGAUUAGUCAAAGAGAUCCUCAAACUUCAGAAUUGGCUAUUGCCUUAUUAGAUAAUUUAAUUAAAAAUUGUGGUUAUCCUUUCCAUUUACAAAUCUCUCGUAAAGAGUUUUUAAAUGAAUUGGUUAAACGAUUCCCUGAAAGACCUCCUAUAAGAUAUACUAGAGUUCAAAGAUUGAUUUUAGCUCAAAUUGAAGAAUGGUAUCAAACCAUUUGUAAAACUUCAAAAUAUAAGGAUGAUUUUGGUUAUAUUAAAGAUAUGCAUCGUUUAUUAGGUCAUAAAGGUUAUGUAUUUCCUGAAGUUAAAGUUGAAGAUCAAGCUGUUUUAAAUCCUUCUGAUACUUUGAAAUCAUUAGAAGAAUUACAAAAGGAAGAAGCUAUUGUUCAUAGUGCUAAAUUACAAGAAUUAAUUAGAAGAGGUAAACCACAAGAUUUACAAGAAGCUAAUAAAUUAAUGAAGAUUAUGGCCGGUUUUAAAGAUGAUAAUGUUCAAGAAAAUAAAAAACAAGUUAAUGAUGAUAUAGCAAGAUUAAAGAGAAAAGUUGAAAUUUUAGCUGAAAUGUUAAAUACUAUUCAAAAUUCAGGUACUUCAAUUGAUGAUUCAAAUGAAGCCAUUGUUGAUUUAUAUUCUUCUAUUAAAAGUUCUCAACCCAUUGUUACUAAAAUCAUUGGAGAAGAAAAUGAAAAUGAAGAUAGAGUUCAAGAAUUAUUAGGUUUAAAUGAUAAUAUUAAUUCAGUAGUUACAAAAUUCCAAUUAUUAAAAGGUGGUAAUGUUGAUGAAGCUUCAAAGAUUUCAGUAUCAGGUGGAUCAGGUGCUACUGGUAGUAAAUCUGGUGGUGAAUUGAAUUUAAUUGACUUUGAUGAUGACGAUGAUGCUAAUGGUGCUAAUCCAGUUGAAGAUCAAGGUUAUAAUGAUUUAUUAAGUGAUUUAGCAAACUUGGCAUUUACAACUCCAAAUCCAACCACAACUUCAACCAGUAAUACUCUUAAUGAUCUUAAUAUCUUUGGUUCAGGUGGAUCCAUUGCAUUAGGUAAUAGUUUUAAUAUACCUUCACAUAGUGCCAGUACUACUCCAUUACAACAACCAAAACCAACCACUCUUGGAAAUGAUUUUGAUUUAUUAGGUAGUAGUGGAUUAAAUUCUCCAUCACCUCAAUUACAAUCAAAUACUUCAUUAGAUCCAUUUGGAUUAAACUUCCCAUCUUCAACACCAAAUCAAAUUCAAACCAGUGUUAACCAACAACAAACAAAAUCAAACAUUCUCGUAAAUCAAUCCCAAAAUCUUAAAGUUGAAAUCGGAGUAUUACCAAAUUCAUCUAGUCAAUUAUUCAGAGGUAAAGUGAUUUUAAGUAAUCCUGGUUCAUCUACUUUAAAUCAAUUAAAGUUCUUAAUUGCGGUUCCAAAAUCUUGUAAAUUAGAUUUAAAACCUCAAUCUGGGGAAACUUUAUAUGGAUUUGCUAAUAAUGGAGUUACUCAAGAUUUCGUCAUUGAAAAUUCUCAAAAUAAAUCAUUAAAGAUAAAAUGGAAAGUUGAAUAUGUGAUUUCUGGUAAUAAGAUUGAAGAAACUGGUGUUAAUGUGUUAAACGAAUAGAUAUUUUAAUUCUUGAUAAUUUCAUCGUUAUUUUACUUUUACUUUUAUGUUAGCUUUCCUGUUUUGUCGUCCUUAUGUUUAAUUAUCACUCCUCGUCGCCUCUCUCUAUAUCUCUUUAUAUACUUUUGUCUGUUUUCGAUACAUUACAUUUUUAUUUAGUUU